ACUCUACUAAAAGGCUGUUUUUCAAUUAGCCCAAGAUGGCUCGUACCAAGCAGACUGCACGUAAAUCCACUGGUGGGAAAGCGCCGCGGAAGCAGCUGGCUACUAAGGCAGCUCGGAAAAGCGCUCCAGCCACCGGCGGUGUGAAGAAGCCCCACCGCUACCGGCCCGGCACCGUGGCUCUGCGGGAGAUCCGCCGCUACCAGAAGUCGACCGAGCUGCUGAUUCGAAAGUUGCCUUUCCAACGCCUGGUGCGAGAAAUUGCUCAGGACUUCAAGACCGACCUGCGCUUCCAGAGCUCUGCGGUGAUGGCGCUGCAGGAGGCCUGCGAGGCCUACUUGGUGGGGCUCUUUGAGGACACCAAUCUGUGCGCCAUCCACGCCAAGCGGGUGACUAUCAUGCCCAAGGACAUUCAGCUCGCACGCCGCAUUCGUGGGGAGAGAGCAGAGAAUCUACUGGUCUAUAAGGGAAGACUUUCUGGCUUGCUUGAUGACUAUCUUUCAACACCUGGCUUUAAUAAGAAUUUCUUCUUCGGGUUUGAACAUGCUUACAUUCACUUGGAGCUGGUGUACUUAGUGACAGCCUUGGUGCCCUCGGACACGGCGUGGUUGGCCAGCUCCCCAGGCAGCAGCAGGCGCACGGCCGUCUGGAUCUCCCUGGAGAUGAUGGUCAAGCGGUUGUUAAAAUGCGCCAGGCGGGAAGCCUCGCCUGCGAUGUGCUCGAAGAUGUUUAGGAAGCAGUUCAUUAUGCCCGUGGCCUUGGGGGAGACGCCGGUGGCGCGAAAUUGGAAGAAUCGGACCAAUCAGAAGGCCUUUGCCUUUAUAAAUAGGAGUAAGACCAGCUGUUUCUUCAGUCGCGACCAUUUUCUGAACCCCUCUCUCAUGGCUCGUACCAAGCAAACAGCUCGCAAGUCCACAGGCGGCAAGGCUCCGCGCAAGCAGCUGGCCACCAAGGCGGCCCGCAAGAGCGCUCCGGCCACCGGGGGCGUGAAGAAGCCGCAUCGUUACCGGCCCGGCACAGUCGCUCUCCGGGAAAUCCGCCGCUACCAGAAGUCCACCGAGCUACUAAUUCGCAAGCUGCCGUUCCAACGCCUGGUCCGUGAGAUCGCACAGGACUUCAAGACCGACCUGCGCUUCCAGAGCUCCGCGGUGAUGGCGCUGCAGGAGGCCUGCGAGGCCUACCUGGUGGGGCUCUUUGAGGACACCAACCUGUGCGCCAUCCACGCCAAGCGGGUGACUAUCAUGCCCAAGGACAUCCAGCUCGCUCGCCGCAUCCGCGGAGAGAGGGCAUAAGUUGUACUAAGGGCGAGUGCCAAC